AUGACAUCCACAACCCCAACAACCCCAUCAAAACGACAAUAUGCCACACCAGCCUUCCAAACAACCCGGCUGACAUUUACACCCCUCGCUCAAACCGAUGCGACAGCUCUACACGAGCUCCGCAGCGCACCGGAAUGCAUGAAAUGGAGUCGCCAGGGCCGCCCCGACGCCUCCAUCGCAGAAACCCAGAAGUGGCUUGACGGGUUUCUAGCGGAAGUUACAGCUGAAGCUGAAGCUGAUACUACUCGGUCAGAGUCGGUGGACUCGAAAUUGGAUCCUCGGAAAGAUGUGGUCUUUGCAGUGAGGGAGGUCUCCCAUGUCGAGUCUGGGGCAGCGGAAGAUAGGAUUGUUGCGCAGGCUGGUUUCAGAAAGGCGAAAUCCGAGGUUACGGGCGUCGAGCGGUUUGAGAUUGGGUAUAUGUUUGCUCCCGGGGUUUGGGGGAAAGGGUACGCGAGUGAGGCUGUUAAAGGGAUGGUGCGAUGGUGGUUUGAUCUUUAUUCUGGAGAAGGAGAAGAACUAGAGGGGGUUUAUUCGAUUGUUGCAAAGACGAAUCCGGCGAGCUUGAGGGUCAUGGAGAAAUGUGGUUUUCGGUUUGUUGCGGAGGGAGUGGAUGAUCAUGGAGAGGACGUUGUUGAGUUUUGUAUAAACAAUGAGUAA